GCGGCCUCCGCCGCCAUCAUGCGCACGGUGCUGGGGUUGGUGCGGCUGCUGGCGGCGAGGGGGUGGGGGCGGCGGCCGCCGAACCGUUGCCUCAGCGCCAUGUCCCGCUACUGCACGGAGCAGCGGGGGCGGCCCAACUCUCCCGAUUAUCGCCUUUAUUUUAAGAAUGAAGAUGGUAAAUAUAUUUCCCCAUUUCAUGAUAUCCCACUGUUUGCUAAUUCCAAAGAGGAUAAAGGUAUUCCUGCAAAGAGGCCAAAGACUACUGGAAGUGAGGUCCUGUUUAAUAUGGUUGUAGAAGUGCCUCGUUGGACAAAUGCAAAAAUGGAGAUUGCCACUGAGGAGCCAUUGAAUCCCAUUAAACAUGAUACAAAGAAAGGCAAACUUCGAUAUGUGGCAAAUAUCUUUCCUCACAAGGGUUAUAUAUGGAAUUAUGGUGCCCUCCCACAGACCUGGGAAGAUCCAAACCAUGCAGAUAAUGUCACAGGGUGUUGUGGGGAUAAUGAUCCAAUUGAUGUUUGUGAAAUAGGCUCAAAGGUUCGUUCUUCUGGUGAGGUUGUUCAGGUGAAGGUCUUGGGUGUUUUAGCUCUUGUUGAUGAAGGAGAGACAGAUUGGAAGAUAAUUGCUAUCAGUGUGGAUGACCCAGAAGCUCAGAAAAUUCAUGAUAUUGAUGAUGUCAAGAAGCACAAACCAGGUUACCUUGAGGCUACAGUUGAUUGGUUCCGAUCAUAUAAAGUCCCUGAUGGUAAACCAGAAAAUCACUUUGCUUUUAAUGGACAAUUUAAAGACAAGGAUUUUGCUGUUGAAAUUAUUAAAUCCACCCAUGAAUACUGGAAAGCUUUGCUUCAUAAAAAAGCUGAUGCAGGUAAUAUUAAGUGCACAAAUGUUCUGGUGAGUGGCAGCCCAUUUUGUUGCAGUGAGGAGGAUGCCCGAUCCAUUGUGCAGUCAGCACCAGUAUCUGUGAAUGGAGAUUCUGUUUCCCCAGAAGUUGAUUCCUGGCUCUUUUUUCCCAAGUGAUCAUCAAAGUGUCCUGAAGCUUCAUCAUCACAUCUUAAAAGUCAUCUCUUUUUUGAAGAGAGGCAAAAGUAGUAACUGUUGGGUUCCUGUUGACAGAACUUAUCAACUUGUGUAAACCUUCUCUCAUGUAAAUAAACGAAGACAUUA